AUGUUUGACGUGCAUGUUCAAUCGUCCAUCACCACAACAGCUUAUUACAUUGCCAUUACUCGAAGACUGGACACAUUUUUAUGGAACGAACAUUCAGAUGAAUAUGAAUAUCGUGAACCAUUGUCAACAGGAAUAACAACAUCAUCAUCAAAAUUUGUUCCUCCACCGAUAGAAGAAGAUAAUUUUUCACCAGAUGAAGAUACAACAGAAUAUCCACAUGAAAUUUUACCACCGCUCCCAAAAUGUAACACAAGCAAAAUUGAGCGUAAAAAAAGUGCAACUGUUGAAUUUGAUGAAGUAUUCAAUGAAAAUUUAUGUUUUAUUUUGAACAAUAUUCGCCACAAUUCAGCAUUACAACCAAUGAUGUUAACAACUACACUUUUACCGUCUGUAGCUCACUUGUGUCAACAUGCAUUUACAGAUCGUGGUCUCGAAAAACACAGCCAUUUAUUAUUUAUGCAAUUAUAA